UUAGAAAUCAAAUCAGUCCCAGUCUACCAGGUCCUGCGUCUAGCCUUACUUGAUUAGUAGUGCUAAACAAUAGCAUUUAUAUUCCGUGGCACGCCUGUAGUGUUUACAUAGCUCUCACUACUCAGGUGUAUCCAGGGUUCAUGUUUGUCUCACGUCGCGUGUUGACGGUUUAACCGCUACGAGCGCAGGGCCAGCGCUACGAGCUCCUCGUCGUAACAAAAGGGAAAUCCGGUUCCGCACCAACUACUCCUAAUCCCACUUUGCAUAUAGUUUUUUUAAAAGCUGUCGUGGUAAAUUGUAUGGUAGGACAGAGAGGCAUGGAGGAGUUGAGUUGUAGCCCUGCUACGGAGAGCAGAGAACACUUGGAACCGCAAGAACCACGGAAAAAAAGGUGGUUGAAUCCCUUGUUCUACACCGGGUACAAGAGGAGGUUAGAGGAGAAGGACAUGUACAAUGUGAAGUAUGAGGACUCCUCACAGAAGCAGUGUGAUGACUUAGAAAGAGAAUGGAACAAAGAGCUACAGAAGGUCGGUCGGUCCCAGAAGCCCAGCCUGUUGCGGGCAGCAAUCAGAUGUUACGCUCCCGGGUGGAGCUUAUUAGGAAUUAUAGCUUUUAUAGAGGAAGCCACCAAAGUUGUCAGUCCAGUGCUGCUGGGAAAGUUGGUGGAGUACUUUAGCCCCAAUUCAAACGUUUCACUUGGUGAGGCAUAUGGCUAUGCUGCUGGAAUCAGUGCUUGUGCAAUGGCGUUGGCGAUCCUACACCAUCCGUACUUCUACGGUGUCCAUGUCUACGGCUGGAGACUACGCGUCGCAUGCUGCUCACUCAUACAUAAAAAGGCCUUAAAACUGAGUAACAAGGCCAUGACGCAGACAACAACUGGUCAGAUAGUCAACCUGCUGUCCAACGAUGUCAAUAGGUUUGACCAGAUGCCUAUGUUUCUCCACUACAUCUGGAUAGCCCCUAUCCAGUUGGCUGCUGUUAUCUGGUUACUCUGGUUAGAUCUGGGCGUUUCUGCCUUAGUUGGUGCUGGGUCUCUCAUUCUUGUCCUCCCAGUGCAGAGUGUACUAGGGAGACUCUUUUCUAAAUUCAGAGCGGAAACAGCAAAGCGAACUGACAAUCGUGUACGAACGAUGAAUGAGAUCAUCUCUGCCAUCAGGGUCAUCAAAAUGUACACAUGGGAGAAACCAUUCAGCGAACUUGUAGCCAGAUAUAGAAAAUUGGAGGUGGACAAAAUUUUGCAGGCCUCAUACUGCCAAUCUUUCAAUUCCGGCUUCUUCUUCUGUGCCAGUAAAAUCAUCUUGUUCUUCACCUUCCUUGCCUACGUCCUCUUCGGGAACACCAUUGUUGCAUCCAAGGUGUUCGUGGCGAUCACGCUCUUCAACGUCAUCCGCCUCACCAUAUCGCUCUUCAUCCCAUUUGCUGUGCAAAAGGGGUCUGAAGGGCUCAUAUCCAUCAAGAGAAUACAAACAUUUUUACUCUUAGAUGAAGUAGAGACAGCAGAGCCAACUCCUGACCCUGCCGCCCAGCCCGGACCAGAGGACUGUCAUGUCAACGUCACUGGGGUUACUGCUUCAUGGGACCAGAGCUUAGAGCCCCCCACCCUGAGGAACAUCAACUUUGAGGUGAAGCCUGGAGAACUGGUGGCAGUCAUCGGUCCUGUUGGGGCUGGGAAGUCUUCUAUACUGAGUGCAAUUCUCCGGGAGCUUCCUGUGACCUCUGGAGAGGUCAAAGUUCAAGGUCAGCUAGCAUACGCCAGUCAGGUUCCCUGGAUCUUCUCAGGCUCCGUCCAACAGAACAUCCUGUUUGGGAAGGAGAUGGAACAGCAGAAGUACCAGAGGGUCAUCAAAGUCUGUGCCUUACAGAAGGAUUUGACGCUUUUCCCUCAUGGAGACCAAACUCUGGUGGGAGACCGAGGCAUCAUGCUCAGUGGAGGCCAGAAGGCAAGAAUAAACCUUGCAAGAGCGGUAUACCAUGAUGCUGAUAUCUACCUGUUGGACGACCCCCUCAGUGCUGUAGAUGCAGAAGUGGGGAAACAUCUCUUUGAAAGAUGUAUUCAAGGCGCCUUGAAGGACAAACCAAGAAUUCUGGUCACCCAUCAGCUACAGUACUUACAAUCGGCAAACAAGAUCCUCAUUUUGAAGGAGGGUGAACAGUUAACGUUGGGUACAUACCAAGAGCUGGUGCAGUCAGGGGUGGACUUUGCCGAGCUGCUCAAGACAGAUGAUGAGGAUGAGGAGCCUGGGGAAGAGCAUGGAAUUCUGGGAAGAGGUGGCAGUCUAAGACAUCGCACACGAACCAUAUCUAACGGUUCCAAGGCUCUCUCCUCUUUAUCUCUGGACAAGAUAAAGCUUGAGGAGAAGGCCCCCCAGUUGGAGGAUGAAGACAGGAGAGAGGGCGUGGUGGGGUGGUCUGUGUACAGGGACUACUCCACUGCAGGGACGGGCAUAGGGGGGAUCAUACUGGCAGUGUUUCUCAACAUCGCUGCAGAGGCGCUGUUUAUUAUGACUGACUGGUGGAUGGCAUACUGGGCCCAAGAGGAAGAGGACUAUUACCGAGCAACCCACCCUGCAACAACAUUACCUACCAAUGGGGUCAACACUACGUCACCAAACAACAUGACCAUACCAAGAGUCGACGUGAACCGCAACAUCUACGUUCUGGCGGGAACAACAGGAGCGCUGGUUCUGUUCAGCAUUUUCCGCAGCGCAUGGAUGUACUUCCUGUGCAUCAAGUCCAGCCAGAAACUUCAUGACAGGAUGUUCCGCUCUAUCGUCAGGGCACCUGUCCUGUUCUUUGACUCAAAUCCUGUUGGGCGAAUCUUAAACAGAUUCUCCAAGGACUUAGGACAUCUGGAUGAUCUUCUUCCGGCCACCAUUAUGGAUGUUGUUGUGAUCAUGAUGCAGGUUUUGGGCGGUGUGAUUCUGGCCGGGGUGAUCAACCCCUGGGUGUUCAUACCGGUGGUGCCUGUGGUGCUCCUCCUAGUGGUCAUACGGAGGUACUACAUGAGAACCUCUAGGGACAUCAAGAGACUGGAGGCCACAACCCGUAGUCCAGUGUUCUCUCAUCUGUCCGCCACCCUACAAGGCUUGUGGACCAUCCGAGCCUUCGGUGCCCAGGAGAGUUUCCAACGGGAGUUCCACGCGCACCAGGACCUGCACUCGGAGGCCUGGUUCCUGUUCCUGGCGGCCAGUCGGUGGUUUGGGAUCCGCAUGGACUGGCUGGCAGCCAUCUUCAUCACUGCUGUGGCCUUCUGUUCUGUACUAGCUGCUCAAAGUCUGGACAGUGGUCUGGUAGGGUUGUCCCUGUCCUACGCCUUGAUUCUGAUGGGAGGGUUCCAGUGGGGGGUGAGACAGAGCGCUGAGUGUGAAACUUUGAUGACCUCAGCAGAGAGAAUAAUCGAGUACUCCAAGCUUGACCAGGAACCCCCCCUGGAGAACGACUACAACCUCCCCCCCAACUGGCCUGUCCACGGCAUCAUCACAUUCGAGGGGGUCAGUUUCACCUAUUCCCCAGAUGGUCCAAAAGUUCUGAAAAAUCUCUACGGCUGCAUACGUGCUAAAGAAAAGGUUGGAAUUGUGGGUAGAACAGGCGCGGGAAAAAGCUCGCUGAUGCAGAUGCUGUUCCGUAUGGCAGAGCCCCGCGGGCUGCUCAUGAUCGACGGGAUCGACAUCACCCAGAUCGGCAUUCACGAUCUCAGACGGAGGAUAUCGGUCAUACCACAGGAUCCUGUGCUGUUUUCUGGAACUUUGAGGAACAAUCUCGACCCAUUCAGCGAGUUCACAGACAACCAGUUAUGGGGAGCAUUGGAAGAGGUCCAGCUCAAGCCAGUGGUUGAAGAGUUGCCAGGAAAGCUUGAAUCAGAGUUGGCUGAAUCCGGGACUAACUUCAGUGUGGGCCAGAGGCAGCUGGUCUGUCUAGCCAGGGCCCUGCUCAGGAAAAACAGAAUUCUCAUCAUCGAUGAAGCUACAGCAAAUGUGGAUCCAAGGACUGACCAGCUGAUCCAACAGACCAUCAGACACAAGUUUAGACACUGCACAGUGCUGACCAUCGCCCACAGACUCAACACUAUCAUAGACAUGGACAGGAUCAUGGUAAUAGACGAGGGGAGAAUACGAGAGUUCGACGAAGCCCACGACCUACUGCAGAGGGAGGGGGGACUCUUCGCCAACAUGAUGGACCAGGUUGGCGGGAGGGCCGCGGCCGAACUCCGCGAGAAGGCGGAGAACCUGUACAAGCUGAGACACAAGAACGAUGAGAUCUGGGACCAGAUAAAGGACAGCCAGAGGAUACACCUGGCGAACUACCUCCCGUCCUCCGGGUACACACAUAUCCAGAUCGAGACUAGCGUAUGACAGCAUCACGAGGGAUUCAAUGUUUCAUGGAAAAGAAAUCACUUGAAUUUGGAAAUUAGAUACAUUUUCUGGUAACAUCAACAACAAAUGGAAUUAUCACAAUGUAUGUAUGCAUCUGUGCCAAGCAUACACCGUCCUCCUUUUAUUAGACAUAUGUCCAUCAUAACUUAUUCUCCAUACUCAAAGUCAAUGGUCUUUCAGUCUAAUAUUUACAGCCUGACCCAUACAAAGAUCUCAAAAGAAUAGUAUUCAAGAUAUAAGACUGUUUUGUACAUGUGUUAACUGACUUGACUAAUAUGUAUUUUUUUGUCCUCAAUGUCUUUCCAAAUGAAAAGUGUUGGAGGCAACAAGUGUGAAAUUCUCAGUUCCAUGACACUUAAAAUGGUUGCAAGAACUAUAGAUACUACAUUCUCUUUCUCUUUUUUGGCUGCACAUUCACUGCUAUCUGUUGGACAAAAUGUAAUCUGUGUGUCAGGUACAAGUGAUGUAUCAAAUGGAAUUCUCACUUUUCUAUGCAAUCAUAAGUUAUUGUAGGGGGUUAAUUCAUCAAAAUUUGGUAGAAAAAAUUAGUCAUGUCUUUAUAUUUUUGUUCUUUCACACCUUCUUCGUAGACUUUGGAAGACCUAACUCAUUUGGGUUUAAAAUGCAUGUACCGAUACACCUUACAAAAAAUUACUUGAACCAAAACUUUUUUUGAUAUCCAUGUAAUCAUGUCAGUGUGGCCUAAAACUAAAGUAAAAGUUGACUGUAGGAAAUGCUGCUUAAAUGUUUCACAUAAUGUAGUCAUGUAACCAUGGAUCUUACAACCCAAUGACACUUUGAUGUACACAAACACAAACAUUUACAAAGUUAUUGCUGCUUCAUGCUAUACAUUCUGUACAUGACUGUCAUUAGUAUAAAUAGAGAAAUUCUAUGCAAUACUUUUCAGUUUAGUGUAUGAUAAUUCAGCAAUAUUUUUGUCAAGCGGAAUCGCUGUAUCUGUGUGGUAACUUAUUCUUAGAAGCAAAUUACUGAUAAGAAAUUCUCUAUUUUUCAUUUCUACAUGAUACUUUGAGCACUGUAUAGAGAGUAUGGCAUAAGUGGAGUAAAGUAUUGUAAGAUAUUGUAGUACUACAGGCAAAGAAUUCUUUGUUUACAGCUGUGUGUCAAAGUAAAAGUCUAUCCGGAAUAUUUAUUAAGGACUGGUCUUAAAAGAUUUGUAGCCGUCCAGGAAAGAAUCACAUUGUCUUUGGUGGCUAAACCAAACAAUUACAGUCUCUAUAUCUUAUGUAACUUUUUCAAUUCAGGUUGUGUUAUUUUCGUUUCCUCCAGGACGUAAUGGUUCUAGUUGUAAAGUUCCGUUUAUCAGGUAUCUUCAGUUAGCUACAUGUAUAUUUGUCCAUACAUGGUGAAGGGAGAUAUUGUUGUAGUAUUUAAGCAUCUAACAAUUUUGUAAAUUUUGUUUUCAAUGAAGAAACACACGAUAAAAUGAUGGAAUUAUUUGAUGUGUACAUUUUGUACUUAAUGGAAAGGGUGUACUCAAAAGACGUCACUUUAAACAAAUACCCUGGUACAUUUUUAUA